CUGCCCCCAGCCCGACCGCGUGAUUUUGCAAGAGUUAUGGCGACGAUUGUGGGCUUGCUGGGAAAAUUACUGAGUCCUUCUGUCCCAAGCACUAGACUUCCCCUAGAGCCGAUUAUCAGGCUGUUGAGGAUCUAGUGUCACACCGAUAACUAGGUAUGUUCGACACGGACGACCGUAACGCCGAGGACUCCUUCGCAGAAUGGGAUCUGUGCAUGCCUCUCGUCGCCGACAGCGCCAUCAACCCUGGCUUCCGAAUCAGGAACCACCCCAACGGCGAAACCCACCGCGUCCAUCUCACCGGCUACGACCGGCAUAACACGAUGGUCGUUCGCGGCCGGCUAUUUCACGUAAUCCACGGCAGGUUAAGCCCGGAUGACAGCACACCGGCCACGCUGAUUGUGUUCGAGUGGCUGCUAAUACCGGGGAAGCUGGGCCGGCGAUUCCGCCAAGUCCAGGUCGACGUAACGUUCGCGCCUCACGGCCGGCGGCCCGGCACCCUGCCGAGCGACGACCUGUCCGAGUAUACGCCGCAGGUCCGCGUCGUGGCACCCGACGUGCCCGCUGUGUCGUACAUAACGCGCCGCGGCGUGACGAGCGAGAGGUAUAACACGGCGGGCUUGCGGGCGGGCUACGACCCCUUUGCCGCGGCCACGGCCGACGUGUCCCGGGGCAGGGUCGAGACGACGGAGCGCACCGACUACCGCUUCGUCGCCGGGUACCCCGCUUUCGUCCGCAAGACGUGGGGCGACCCGAACUCGGUGCACUGGACAAUGCAGGAGAACGCGCCGCAGGAGAGCGGCGUGCCGCACCUCUGCCGGCGACCGGAAAAAUUCCGGAAGGCGGUGGGGCGGAUUCCCGAGGACGACCCGGUCUAUUUUGAUCCUCGUCCCGUUCCGGGCGUCCCCCACGGCGCCGCUGUGCUGUACGGCCCGAGGGACAACGUGCGUAACCAGCAGAGCCCAUGCGACAAGGAUAACCUCGGUGCUAUGGAUCUGACCCGUUCCCUGGUUGUCGAAGAUGAGCAGCCGAGAGUGGGUUAA